AUGCGUUCAAGUUUCGACAAGAUGGGCGAAGAAACAUCUGCAGUGAAGUCCUUCCUAUAUGCAUGGCUGGGGAAACAAAAAAUCGUUCCCAGUUACGAUGUGCGGCCUACCGGUCCCAAGAACAGGCAACGAUUCCUCUGUGAGCUGCGUGUCGAAGGAUACCCUUAUGUAGCCUGCGGGAAUUCCACAAACAAGAAGGAUGCUCAGAGCAAUGCAGCUCGAGAUUUUCUGCAAUACCUCAUUCGGGCUGGAAAAUUGAGUCCCUCAGAGGUCCCUGGUGGAGAUGCUGAAGAUGUGGACAUCAAUGCAAGUAUUCAUGGUAACUGGACAGUGGAGAAUGCAAAAUCCAAGCUACACCAGUUUCUGCAAACACGAAAAAUCCAUGCUGACUAUAAAUAUCAUGUAAUGGGCCCUGAUCAUAACAAGAGCUUUGCAGCAGAAAUGAGCUUCUAUGUGAAGGAGCUGGGAAGAGAUGUUUAUGCUCGUGAGACUGGCUCAAACAAGCAGUCAGCCUCAAAGAGCUGUGCCCUUUCAAUUGUACGGCAACUGUAUCACUUGAAUGUUCUUGAAGCAUUCACUGGUACCCUGGCUUCUUCAAAGAAGAAGGAGGCAAAUCAAAUCCCACCAUACAACUUGGCAAUUGCCCCUGAUCUUGUAUCACAGAUUGAGUCUGUUCUGCAGGAUGUUGACCUGAAGCCUAUCGAUGUUCCGAAGGAAUUGGUGGAGCCAUUCUCAAUUGUCACUGAUACUCGACUGGCAGAUUUUGAAGCAUCCUCACACCCAUCUCCUGCUGGAAUUGUGUCAUGGUCUCCUCCAAUGCCAAACUGGAAUCCAUGGACUGGAUGCAACAUUGAUGAGGGUCCUCUUGCUCAUGCAUCAAUGACCCAAAUAGCUGCUGACCUUCGGGAGGGUUUUCAGGACCUUCAAAAGAUGGAUACCCAUUACCAGGAAAUGAGGUUGGACAGAGAGAAACUGCCUGUCUUUGCUAUGAAGCAGCAGGUUCUGGACAUUAUCUAUAAUAACCCUGUUGUGCUCAUCAAGGGACACACUGGUUGUGGGAAGACCACUCAGAUCCCUCAGUACAUUAUGGAUGAUCAUCUUUUGAGUGAACAAGGAUCUCACUGUAGCAUUUUUGUAACUCAACCCCGACGCAUCUCAGCUGUUUCUGUGGCUGAUCGUGUUGCAACUGAGAGGUCAGAGCAGCUUGGUGUGAGUGUGGGUUACAGUGUCCGCUUUGAAUCCUGUCUGCCCAGACCCUAUGGGAGCAUUCUGUAUUGCACCAUUGGUGUUUUGCUGAGGAAGCUGGAGAAUGGACUUCGGGGUGUUUCACAUGUGAUCGUAGAUGAGAUCCAUGAGCGAGAUCUUAACACAGACUUCAUUCUUGUUGUCCUCCGUGACAUGGUACAAGCAUAUCCUGAUCUGCGCAUCGUCCUCAUGUCUGCUACUGUUGACACCAAACUCUUCUCAGAAUAUUUUGGGAACUGCCCCAUCCUUGAGAUCCCAGGCACCUCCUAUCCAGUUCAAGAGUAUUUCUUGGAGGAUUGCAUUCAUCUAACAUCCUUUCAACCCCCAAUUGAUGGGAGGAAGAGGAAGUCAGGGAAGGAUAAGGAGGGUGAUGAGGAGACUUUGGAUGAAGAGAAUCUUAACUUGGCCUGUGGUGAUCAGUAUUCUCCAGCUACCAAAGCAGCUAUGGGUGGACUAUCUGAGAAGGACAUUAGCUUUGAACUUGUGGAAGCCCUGCUAAAAUACAUCCGAGACCUGAAUGUGGAUGGAGCUGUCUUGAUUUUCCUGCCUGGUUGGAAUGUCAUAUUUGCCAUGAUGCGACAUUUCAAUCAACAUCCUGUCUUUGGUGGUUCUGCUUUUCAAAUCCUGCCCCUUCACUCUCAAAUACCAAGAGAAGAUCAGAGGAGAGUUUUUGAACCUGUUCCCCCUGGUGUCACCAAGAUCAUCCUGUCAACUAACAUUGCUGAGACAUCGGUCACCAUCAAUGAUGUCGUGUUUGUCAUUGACAUCUGCAAGGCAAAGAUGAAACUGUUCACCUCCCACAACAAUAUGACAAAUUAUGCCACUGUCUGGGCUUCAAAGUCAAAUUUGGAACAGCGAAAAGGUCGUGCCGGUCGGGUGCGGCCUGGCUUCUGCUUCCGACUCUGCAGCCGGGCCCGUUUUGCCAAGCUUGAAGAACACAUGACUCCAGAGAUCUUCAGGACUCCUCUUCAUGAGAUUGGCUUAGCAAUCAAACUGUUGCGCUUGGGUGGGAUUGGAACGUUCCUCAGUAAAGCUAUGCAGCCUCCUCCUAUUGAUGCAGUCAUUGAAGCAGAAGUCACUCUGAGAGAGAUGCGAGCUUUGGAUAAGAACGAUGAGCUGACCCCACUUGGGCGAAUCCUGGCCAGAUUGCCAAUAGAGCCACGUCUGGGAAAGAUGACCAUCCUUGGCUGCAUGUUUGGCAUUGGGGAUGCCAUGUGCACUGUGGCUGCUCAUAGCUCCACAUUCCCUGACAUUUUCUUGAUGGAGGUUGGUCAACGUCGGCUGACAUAUCGUCAGAAAGCGUUUGCAGGGACAAGAUGUUCAGAUCAUCUCUGUCUCCUCAAUGCCUUCCAAGCAUGGGAGGAUGCCCGCCAAGGAGGAGAGGAAGCUGAAGUGCGCUUUUGUGAGAGCAAGGGACUUGCCUUGCCCACACUCCGUGUCACUUGGGAAGCAAAGAAUCAGCUGCGGGAACUGUUGACACAGUGUGGUUUUCCAGAAGAAUGUGUGUGUGAGCAAGUAUAUAACUUUCAGGGUCCUGAUAACAAGCUUGAUCUUGUUGUUGCUCUCCUUGUCAUGGGCCAUUACCCCAAUAUUUGCUACCAUAAAGAAAAACGAAAGGUGCUGACAACUGACUCUAGCUCAGCUCUGGUGAACAAGUCCUCAGUGAACUGCAGCAAUUUUGAGAUCUCCUUCCCAUUCCCCUUCUUUGUGUUUGGGGAGAAGUUGAGGACAAGAGCUGUAUCAUGUAAGCAGAUGACCAUGUGCACUCCGCUUCACCUUCUCCUCUUUGGCUGUCGGAAGGUUGAGGUUAUGCCUGACUUCACCAUCCGUUUGGAUAACUGGAACAGUGAAAUGGAUGUGAGACAUGCAGCCCUGGUGGUCUCUCUCAGACCAGUCCUGGAGAGCCUGGUGGUGAGUGCAGCCACUGCUCCAGAACAGAUCUCAGAACCUUCACAUCAAGAGAACAAAGCCAUCAAUGUCAUCAGACAGCUGUGCAAGCUCAAUGCAGGUCGACACGAAAUGGAACCUGUCACUCUUACU